AUGAAAAAGCUGAAUUCGGUGUACGAGGAGUUCACGAAUCACCUCUCCAAGGCUGCGUUCGUAACAGCGGACUGCGAGCUGAGCGGUUUGGCGGGAGAUAGGAAGGGUAUCACCAAGCUGGACGAUUACCUGCUGCUGUUGCGUGAAGGCGCCGCCACCUACUCGUUGUUGCAAGUCGGGUUCUGCAUCGCGGUAUACGACACUGAGGCUGAUGACGGGUCGUGGAUUCUGUACCCCUACAACUUCUAUUUGUACCCCGCAGAGGUUAGUUGUCCGGACCCCUGCCUCGAGGCAGCUGCCCCGACUACGCCCACAUCGCUUCAUGGCUGCACGCAGGACACCGACAUGCACCUCAACAGCGGCACCGUCAAGUGGUUGAAGCAGCAAGGGUUCGAUUUCGCACGGUGGAUCGAUGAGGGUGUGGCCUACCAACGCGUGGACGAGGUGAACAACACCGGCAGUAAGACCAAACGCCAGCGCAUCGCGUGUCGUUGGGGCAUCCAGCGGUUCUUAGAGGCCGUGUCGCAGCACGGGAAGCCGCUGGUGGUGCACAACGGGCUGCUGGACCUCUUCCACUUGUACGACAAGCUCAUUGGAGAGCUGCCGACAAGUGCCAGUGAAAUCGUCCGCUCGUUCGGCAAGCGCUUCGCGCCUGCGGUUUACGACACCAAGGCUACAGCGCGUUACCUGGACAGCAAGGGAAUCUACGUUUUGGAUGGGCUGUUCAAUCUGGAGCACUUGUAUCACGAGAUGGACAAAACCGCCAAAUUCGCCCAGACCAUACGCAUCGGCGACACGGCAAGCGCGUUGGACUACGCGUCGCUGAUCACCAACCCGCCGAAGCCGAAAGACCCUGAGCGUAGCAGCCUGGAUCUUCUGCACGAAGCCGGAUUCGACGCGACCGUCACCGCCAUGGUCUUCACUGCGGAGAUAAGGCUGCUGCAGGAGGCAGACGGCCUCCCCAAGCAUUUCGUCCCAUCGGAUUUCACCGAAGCCAUUUCUUCGAGCUGCACUCACUUCCGCACGGUGAUAAAUCGCGUGAACAUACACGACGAGAUUGAGGAAGGCUUCGUGCAGCUGCCGAGGGAGCAGUAG